CACAACAAGCUGGAAAGUCUCAGCUAACUGAGUUUUAAAGGACAAACGAUUCAAAAUGAUCAGAGGACAUCUUUAGUAGCUCUUUUCUGAAUUAUGAAUGUAACUUCUGACAAGUCCACUGUGCCACUCCACUGCUGAGAGAAGCUCCCCGUGUGAUGGAUCAGCUUUGCGCAACAGGUUCUCCAAAGAACAUUUAAGCUCGAACUCUGAUCCAUGUAGGGAACAAAAAGAAGCAUGCUGUCACCGCUUUGGCCCUUUGGCAUCGAGCAGGAGAUCAACUCAUGGGAUGUAGUGGAUGCAGAUUCAGGGUCAACUUUGGGAAGGCGCUGUCCAAAGUCUCGGUCUUUUUCACCAUGGUCCUAAUCUUCACCUACUUCUUCUACUGCCUCACCGGAUUUUGUGAUUCGGCUCCAAGAGCUGCAUACAGACAAGAAACUUCAGACUUGGACUAUGACAUUUUGGACGAUCUGCGGCCACCCCGGCGUCUCUUCCCCGAUGCGCCGUUUCAGCGGAACCGCACAGGCUCCGAGGACGCUCCGGCUGAGCCGUCAGAGAAUACGCUGGACAGCGAAAAGGAGACUGUCCAGAGCAACGGCAUCCCCGUGUCCAACACUUUCGGGACCAAAAGGUUUCCGCAGGCGAUUAUAAUCGGCGUGAAGAAGGGAGGGACACGCGCCCUGCUGGAGUUUCUCCGCAUCCACCCGGACGUGAGAGCGUUCGGCGCGGAGCCGCACUUCUUCGACAGGUUUUACGAUAAAGGGCUGGAGUGGUACAGGAACCUGAUGCCUCGGACACUCGAUGGGCAGAUCACUAUGGAGAAGACACCCAGCUACUUUGUCACCAAAGAAGCUCCAAGUCGCAUCUGCACUAUGAAUUGUCAAACCAAGCUUAUUGUCGUCGUCAGGGACCCGGUGACGAGGGCUGUGUCUGACUACACCCAGACGCUGUCCAAGAACCCAGGGCUUCCAUCCUUCCAGAGCCUCGCUUUGAAAAACUCCUCCACAGGUUUGAUUGAUACCACGUGGAGUGCUGUGCGCAUCGGCCUCUAUGCCAAGCACCUGGAGAACUGGCUCCAGUACUUCCCUUUGUCUCAGUUUCUGUUUGUUAGCGGCGAACGACUGGUGUCUGAUCCAGCUGGGGAGAUGGGCCGAGUUCAGGACUUCCUGGGUUUGAAAAGGGUUGUUUCAGACAAGCACUUCUACUUCAACCAGACAAAAGGUUUUCCCUGCUUGAAGAAGCCAGAGGGGAGCAGCAGACCCCGCUGCCUCGGAAAGUCUAAAGGCAGACCUCAUCCCCAGAUCCCCUCUGAGGUACUGCAGAGACUCAGAGAUUUCUACAGGCCCUUCAACCACCGUUUCUACCAGAUGAGUGGACAGGACUUUGGCUGGGACUAAGCAAGAGUCUUCUUUGUGGAGAGAUGCUCAUUUACUGUUUCCACAGGGCUAAUGUUCUCAGGGUACUGGGAGAGACAAAGUCCAUUCUGCCUCAGUGGAGUCAACACGACAUGCAGCACUCAUGAACUGUCACUGUUUUGUUGUAUUUUGAGGCUCAGACGGACAUAGUGCUGCUAAUAUGAAAACGACAAAUUUAGUUAAUGGCUUAAAUAUAUAACCGUUAAACUGUUUUUGACAUUCUUUAUGUACAGAUUAGAAGAAAAGGUGAUAUUUAUAGUUUCUGUUGAAUACAACAGGUAUUUUUUUAUUAUUAUUAUUAAAGAAGUGUAUUUAUUGCGUGACAAAGCCGGACAUAAUACCAACAUCUGACAGGACAUUGGGAGUAAUGUAAUAAUCUUUGCCUGCAUUUACAUAUUUUCCAGUCUUUGAAUGCUACAUACAGUUUGAUGUUGCAGGACAUUCCUCAGUGCAUUGCAGUUGAUAUACCAAUGAUACCUCAUUUGUAAAUAUUAAGUCGAAACCAUGCGUAGACACAUUCCAUUUGUAAGUAUUUUCCAAUAAAAGCCGCAUCAUAUUUUAUAUUGUAAUUCCUGGAUGGGAUCAAUUGUAUCAGCUGUUACUCACAAUAAAUUGCUACUUUUGAUCUGUGAUUAUUCUGAACCACUGUAACUGUAAAAAAAAAAGUGUUCAAAUUACAGUGUAUAAAAAAUGUGCCUCUGAUUCUCUGUGUUGUGAAGUAAA